UUUUGCAAUCAGCUGGCUGAGGUUAAAGGUCACGUCGACGCCAUUUUGACUGAACAAGGAUAUGUGAUACGGAUGUUUCUGUGUUUUUUCCUCAUCAAAUAACACUUUCUGAUUGCUGAUCGUCUCCAUUAAGUGUACAUCAAAAUGGGUAGUUUGCAGAGUAUGCAAAAUUCGAAUGUCCAACAAGUGGAAAUUGCAGCAAACUCUGCGUAUAGAUUUCCGCCCAAGUCAGGAUGUUACUUUGGAAGCCAUUUCAGUAUGGGAGGGCAGAGGUUCGAAACACCACAGCCUGAAGCUUAUCUGUUUGGAGAAAAUGCUGACGUCAAUUAUCUCAACUCAAGACCCGCACCGUUUCCCUAUCCUGCUCCCCAACCCAACGAGCCCACCAAGACACUGAAGAGUCUUGUCAAUAUCAGAAAGGAUUCACUUAAACUCGUCAAAGCUAUCAGCAGUACGACAGACGAGGAAUCUGAAUCUCCCUCUACCCGAUACUCCAUAGAGUUCAUUUUUGACAGUGAGGCGAAGACAGCCAUCACUUUCUACUUCUUUGCUACAGAGGAGAUCACCGGAGGAAAGGCAGUUUACACAGCAAAGAAUGCCUCGUUGAGGUCAGAGACCUUUAGGUAUGAGAGAGGAGCAAACCAGACAUUCGCUCAGCCAGCCUUCACCUUUGACCCUUCCGACUUCGAUGAUGGAGAGUUCACCUAUGACCCUUUGAAGGAUGUGAUUCCCAUCGUCAUACAGUGUACUGUGGACGAAGGAGAUGAGCACUCUGGCCAUUGCCACACCCUGAUUGCGACCUUUGAGCAGUCAGCUGACGGCGCCUACACCAUGAAACCAAUGAAGCAGAAACAGAUGGUAGAGGGUGUCUUCUACCUUCUACAGGAGAUCUACGGCAUUGAGAACAAGAAUAACCCAGAUGCUCCAAAGCAACCUGAUGAGGAGGAGUUUCCUGAUGAUGAUGACAAUGGUUCUGACUGUGUCAUCUGUAUGUCUGAUGCUAGGGAUACUCUCAUCCUCCCCUGUAGGCAUCUCUGCCUCUGCAAUGGGUGUGCUGACUCUCUGAGGUUUCAGGCGAGCUGUUGUCCGAUUUGCAGAGCUCCUUUCAGAGCCCUGCUUCAGAUCCGUGCUCUCAGAAAAGUGAUGGGCAACCCAGCACCAGUAGACGAUGAAGAAUCAUCGAUGAGUCAAGAGAAUGUACCACCAGGAUAUGAAGCCAUCCCCCUCGGUGAAGCCCUCAAUGGACCAGGCAAGAGUGUACAAGGAGCAGAGGGUGGAGCUACAGGUGGAGGAGAGACAUUAUCUCGAUCAGGAACAUCGGAAGGAAGGCGAAAAAAGAAGAAGAGCCGCACCAACUCCCUGGCCUCGCUGAGGAGCCGUGGGGCCGCCACACCCGCUGCGGCCGUCGACCAGGCCAACUCCUACCAGGAGGUCAACGAGAAGAACGAGAUGAUGAGGGUGGACGUCAGGGGGGACGGGAAGAAGAAGACGACAGACGAGAAGCAGGAGGAAGAAAUCCCCGUCAUCAACAGCGGCAACAUGCUGACACCUCAGAAGACUGCAGCUCCUGUAUCCAUUGAAAACCUGGGUGCAGCCGCCCUGGCGCUCAACGGAGGUACAGCCAAAACCAUGGUAGUGACCCUUCCCCCGGAGCCAGAGAUGAACCUUGAUGACCGCAGCCCCGUUGAGGUCCUCACUCUUGAAUCGGAACCAAAGCCUGGCUCAUAUCACUUGGACCAUGAGGAAGUAGCAAUGGACAACAUGGAACCCUCUGCCAACAACUCCAUGUUCCUUGAUGGCAACUCCAAAUCCCCCGAUGCCGUCUCACACGGUCCGUCCUUGCUGGGCGUCGACAUAGACCUACCGGGAACCCCGACCAGCGACUCCUUCACCGCCCCAGGCACCCCCUUGGAUGUCAGUAGUUCACUCAGUUCCAGCAGUCAGAGACAGAUGCCCUCAAUGCCCUCAACCCCAAGCAACAUCCAGCUGGAGGAGGCUGCAAGUAAGGACCCCAUCGUUUAAGUGACCCCUUGUUGGUGACCCCAGAUGACCCAUCAUUGACCCUAGGUGACCCUAGAUGACCCUUUCAAGAUUGCCACAUGUCUGGUAAUGGGAUUUUGUAAUUUGGCUCAGGGUUUGGACCCAAUCGUUUAAGUGCCCCCUUGUUGGUGACCCCAGAUGACCCAUCAUUGACCCUAGGUGACCUUAGAUGACCUUUUCUACCACAAGACGGCCACAUGUCUGGUAACGGGAUUUAGUAAUUUUGGUCGUGGUUUGGACACUCAAGCAACAAGCUUUCAUCCAGUACGAGGCAAGAAGUUAUGUUCAGAGAUUGGGUACGGGCCAGUAGGUCACGAUCUAGGAUUGCAAGUGGGGACACAAACAAAUUAAGUCACCCCGACUCCAAAGUGGUUUUAUUGAGAGCCGUACGCUAUAAACUGUAUCUUUGGACUGUGAUACAUGCUAUUGAUUAUAUUGGUCCUGGAAGCCAGGUAGCGGUGUCAAAAUAUACCCGCAGGAAAAUGAUUCCCCUUGUCCUGACAUGUAUGUACCUAUCUCUCAUGAGAAACGGGUGUUAGGUAUAUAUCCUAAAGUAUAGCAUUAACAAUUGUAAGGAUGUGGACGAUACAUAUAUUAUUAUGUCCAUUUAUUGUAAUUCUCAAGUAGAAAAUCAACCUGGGCUUCAUAAAGAGCAACUCUUACUGCACCAAGAUGAGGAACCACUAAGACUGCCCAAAAAACAUAUAUGUACUUUAAAAAAAAAAAUCUUGGGGCAAGUUUGCCCUGCCCAUUUCUUCUGUUCAAUUGAUACUCUACAUUUAUAUUUCACUUUUUGUUACACUACUUAUUCUCAUUUCUUGACUUUAAUGCAUGAGCUUGAGCACCAGAUCUGUAACGUUGAUAUUCAAUAAUCAAACGCUGAACAGGAUAUAUACCAAGUCAUGAUUAGAUAUUUCUAUUUCAUCAUUGUCAUGUUGCAUGGUAGUCUUAGGAGAGAGUAUUGUAACUUGUAACCGAUAACUGUGAAUGAAGGAUGUUAUAUCCGCAAUGAACUGCUUUGACUUACAUACAUCUCUUGCUUGGAGUCAAUUAUUAUUUUGAAGGCAAAAGACCACACAGAUGAACAUGAUUAUAGAUAGCCCUACCUUAUAACUUUAUAUAUUUGGUACAAUUGAGUAUUCUCUACAGUUAUUCACUUAUAAAUAUUCAUUUAGCUCAGCCCACUCAAAAUUCUAAAUCCUCUUUUUGUCCUGUCUAAACAAGCUAUAAACUCCUCAGAUAUCGAUCAUGUUUCAUUCCUAUUUAUCCAACUCCUAGUUCUCCCAAUUAUCUUCCAGAACAUAGAUUUAUAUUUCAAUUAUAUGUAAAUGUGCAAUUCAAUGUUUUGAAUGUACCCACCAGAAAGUUAUAGAUAUGUAGAUAAAAUCACAGUAUCCAUAUACUCGAGCUUUAAUUUCUACUUGUAUACUAAGAUGCUACUUUCUGUAUUUAUAUUGUUAAACAUGUAUGACUUUAAAGUUUUGUGAAGUGAUGUCCUGGGACCCGUUUCACAAAGUCUUGUUUCAAUGACAAAUAACAGAAAUGAGUGACAAAUCUGCUAAUAACCAAUCAGAAGCAAGGAUUUCAGUAGCUUAUAACAACAUUUGUCAUUUAUCCCUGAUGACAAGUUUUGUGAAACGGGGCCCUGGUGUAUGUAGAAGCUACUAGAAGAAUGAUUAUUCCAUUGUGUACGGAACCGUGAGGAUCCAGUAUAAAGCCUUUGGGAAAGAGAGAAUCUAGUCGACGGCUUAAUUAUUCAACUCUAUAUUACUCAGCAAUUUGUAUUUCAAGUUAAUAUUAAUGUUAGUAUCCUAAUGAAAGAAGUUAUUGUUUGAGAUACACUGUAUAUUGAUCCAUCCAAAAUCACGUUUUAAUUUUUAAUGCGUUUUGAGGAAUUAAAUUUGAGCUUAGACUGUGGAUGCGAUAAGUUUUAGAUGAAUAGAUCAACUGCCUGAAUUGUUUUCUUCCAUCUGUAUCAGGAUGAACCAAUUAAAAGAUGAAACCAUCACCACUUUGUAUGGAGAUAUAAAUUCAAAUAAUAAAAUGGAUAUGUUAAACUUAAUUAAUAUUAUGUCAAGAGGUAAUCCAGAUAUUCCUAGAUACUAACCUAAAAUGAACAUAUAUAUAUAUAUAUAUAUAUAUCACAAUUAAUUGUUGCAUUUUGAUACAUGUAUGUAUUUUUGAAUCCAUGGAAAGUUUUGUCCGAUAUUUCUCUUAUGCUCUAUUUACAUUUUUCUUCUUUGUGCCCUUGCCAUAUGGAGAAUGCAGCAAAGCCAUACAAAUCUUAUCUCUUAUCAAUUCUAAAGAAACAAAAAUAUUCACCAUAGUUAUUCUAAAACAGGUGUGUACCUAUACUUAAAGGCAAAACAGAUCAAAUGUUAUUUGUAAUCGUGUAAGAUAAUUAGCAAUUAUAUUUUUAUAUCAUUUACACAUAAGGGACAGUUGUUUUUAUCUCCUGUAUUUCCAUUUAUGUUGUAGGUUACUUCUGAGAAAAUUCAUAUAUUAUAUGUAGGUAGCACUAUGUACAUGUACAUACCAAUAUUGUAAAUGUAUCUGAUCUUGUACAUAUUGAUCAUUAAAGAAUAAACUUGUAAUUAUCACACCAA